AUGACCAUCUCCGCAACCCCAACGCCCUCGCUUUGGGCCAUCGCCUUCUCAACUCUUUCUGAGAAAGACCGGCGGAUUUUCAAGCUCCCCGAUACGUCGCCUUUAGAUCCCAAACAGAUCUUGACCGAAAUCCUGGUAGCGCUUGAGACACAGCGCGACCGAUGCAAAAGAGACGAAUGGACCACGGUCAGCAUCGGGGGCAAAGAGAUUGUCAUUCGCGACGUAUGUUCCAAGAUAGUUGCGUAUGUUAAGAAGUUCAUGGAGGUGGUAGAUGCAGCUGUCCAAAUUGACCCUGCUCAUGCUGCAUUACCCUGGGCGGGUGUGCGUUUCCUGCUGCAGUUGACAUUUAUGGCGUUCGAGACCUUUGGUGCCAUAGUGGAGGGCCUUGAAAAAGCAACUCGACUGAUAGCCCGUUGCGGCAUACUCGAAGCCCUGGUCAUCCGGAAUAGUAGUGCAACGAAUGAUGCGAAGGUAGGCUUAGAAGAGGAACUGGUGAAGCUGUAUUCGGCGGUCUUGGGUUUCAUUUGUAAGGCCAAAAAACACUAUGAUGGAUCGCGCAUGAGUAGGCGGAAUCUUCCCUUGAAGCCAACGCAGCUUUUGUCUGUUGACGAUGAACAUAUAGAACGUGUUCUAAACCUUACCUCUCGGCAGUCUCUCCAAGACUCGGUCAAAGAAAUGGAGGUUGCAGAGCAGCGGGUACUUGUGAUGAAGGGUCUAGUUGAUAGCGAACGGAUGGAAAGCGUUCAUGGUGGGGUUUCGACAAUGCUCUUUACCAUCGCUUCAGUCGCGAACGGUGUCGACAAUAUACAGACACGACUGGACAAGGCAUUUGCAGAUCUCGAUCAACCUAUUGUUAGGAUCGCGGAUGAGGUAUCUGAUCUGCAUAUUGCUCUCAAAGAAAGCGAGAGAAGUGAACUUUUACAGUGGCUUUCCACUGUUACCAUACAACAACAUUACAAGGAAGCAUUGACUUCUGUACUUCCUGGAUCCGGUGAGUGGCUUUUGAAUGAGCCACGCUUCGUUAAUUGGAAAGAUUCGAAUAGUUCAGAAACCUUCUGGCUACAUGGAAUACAGCCGGAACGCAGCGAUGCUCGCGAAAUACUACGAUCGCUGCUUAAACAGGUUUCACUCAUUGAAGGUGAAAAGACAAUAAGACUUCCUUCAGUUGAAACCUAUCAAGAACGACGAGCAGAAGCGAGCCACACCGGAGAAAGGCCAGCGCCACUUACAGUGGAAGAGUGCACUGAGCUCAUGUGUGAAAUUGGCCGGGCAACUCCGCUUACGAUUGUCAUAGAUGCAUUAGACGAGUGCAACUCUCAACAGCGUGGCAUUAUUAUUCACGCUCUUCAAGAAAUCCGACGCCAGUGUCGAGAUGUUGUCAAGAUCUUCGUGUCCAGUCGCCAUGAAGCAGACAUUGCAGCUCACUUUAAUGAAGGAGAAGUCUCAGAGGUGACUGCUUCCGCAAAUGAAAAAGAUCUGAACCGGUUUAUUGGGAUCCAGGUCGAGUCCUUUGUGCAGAGGUGGUCUACAAUACACGAGGAGCCUAUACAGUUCCUCUGGGUGACGCUCCAGCUCGAACGUAUUUGCGAUAUGGAACGAAUCAAAGAUAUCGACAGUAUCCGCCAAGUAUUGAGGUCUCUACCGCAAACAUUGAAUCAAUCAUACGAACUCCUGUAUAAACGGAUCCAAGACAUGGGUGAAGGCCCGAGGACGGUCGCCUUACAAAGCCUUCAGUGGCUAUUAUGCGCGAAAAGGAAACUCUCAGUGUCUGAAUUCCUUGCGGCUGUCAGGAAAUCCCCGGUGAAAUGCACUUCUAUAUCAGCGAGGUCAAUCAUCGACUACUGCUGCAAUUUGGUUGUCAUUGACAACGUGGCAGACACUUUCCGCUUAGCGCACGUCACGGUCCGAGAGUUCCUGGAAAAAAAUUCCAACGACGCCAUUCUUGAGGCUAAUUUGACUGUAUCUCGGAGAUGUUUAGGCACUUUUCUUUGGGGCGAGUUCAGCGAAGAUGGUCUUCUACACUAUGCAACGAGAUACUGGCCCGCUCACGUACAGCAGCUAAAUGGAUCGCACCAAAGACAUGAAAUUCAGGCAGUAAUGACCGAAUUUUUCACUCAAGAAGAGCACUUCGAAGACUGGAUAGAACAUCUCGACGAACGUCCAGUGGAAGAAGGCUAUCGUUGGAGUAACUCGCUUGAGAGAAAGCUCGAAGCAUGUUUUGCUUCACCGCCAUCGGCCUUGUUCACAGUUUCCUGUUUUGGCCUUUCCGAAGUGCUAGAUUUUCCAGAGGUCAUGGAGAUGAUCGAUGUGAACCAAACCAAUAGGCAUGGGACUUCAGGCGUGUAUCUCGCUGCUCGCUGGGGCCACACUGGUGUAGUCCGGAAAUUACUUCAACUGGGAGCUGAUGUCAACGGACCCGGGUAUCAAUAUGGAGGUCCACUCCAAGCAGCGGCAUUUAGUGGCCAUGAAGAUAUCGUGCGAGCCUUGCUGGAUAGUGGUGCCACUUUUUCUUCGACUGAGAAGGGUGAAUACUCAAGUCCACUCCACGCAGCUCUAGCAAAUGGCCAUGAUAACAUCGCCGAGAUCUUGAUAGACAGUGGGCUUCAGCUGGUCACACAAAAGCAGUUCGCCGAUGCCUUAGAUACUGCCAGCUUCAAAGGAUUUACUAACAUAGUCCAGCACCUUUUAGACGGCAAGGCUGGCAGUUUCACACCUAAUAUCUGCCCUGACCCUCUCCAGGUUGCUCUCUUCGGUGGCAAAGCACGGCAAGCGAAGCGGUUGCUUCAGAGCUGCACUGACAUCAAUGAAGAGAAAGGGUACUUCGGAAAUGCUCUUGCUGCCGCCGUUGCUAGUCGUAAACUUGCCCUCGUGCAGUUGGUUGUUGAUGCCGGUGCCAGACUCGACGCUCGUGGACGUUUUGGCUUGCCAUUGCGGGCGGCUGCGAUAACUAAUCAGCUUGAUAUUGCGACAUACUUCCUCGAUAAAGGCGCCGAUCCUAAUACGAAAGAUGAAGAUUUAGGUGACCCACUUCAAGCCGCUGCGUCUUUUGGAAAGUUGGACAUGAUGCUUCUGUUGCUUUCCCACGAUGCAUCUGUGGACGGUUGUGGAGGGCACUUCGGUAAUGCACUACAAGCUGCCUGCUUCAAUGGUCAUGAACAGGCCGUUCGACUUUUGAUUGAUCAUGGUGCUUCGUUAGACCGCAAAGGCCGGUAUCGCGAUGCACUACAAGCUGCCGUAUACAGUGGCAAUGAAAGGAUUGUUGAGAUUCUAUUGAUGGCUGGUGCUAAGCUCAACCCAGGACGAGAGGGUAGGGUAUAUUUAUGCAGCUGCUCUGAGAGGACGCAGAGACUUGCGUUACCGGGCCGGAGGAACGGAACUGGACAGCUAGACAUUCCUACAGAGCUCGGACCGCUAGAGAUUGCUGCGAGACGAGGCGACGUCAAGUUAGUUGAGAAGCUCAUAGCCAAGGGAGCAACCAUCGACGCACCCGACGCGAAUGAAGAGGAUAAUGAUUAUCAUAAUGGAUGUGCGUACACUGCACUGGAAAUUGCGGCUUUCUGGGGACAUCUCGGAGUGGUGCAGUGUCUUUUGGAUCGUGGAGCCGAUAUUGAUGCGAUACGACAGACACUAGGGACUCCAUUGCAGGCGGCCAUGGAAGGGGGUCAUUUUGAUGUUGCAGACGCGCUGUUGUUUCGUGGUGCGGAAAUUGAUAAGCAUUGGACUAUGUUUGGGUCCUGCUUACAGGUAUUUUCCGAGCGGGGAGAUAUUGAGACAGUCGAGUUUCUAUUGCAGCGCGGAGCAAACGUGGAAGAUCGUGGAGGUGAAAACGGCAAUGCACUUCAGGUGGCUUGCAAUGCAGGACACAUUGAUAUUGUGAAGUUGUUACUUGACAGUGGAGCCGAUGUGAGAUCGCGUGGACGGAAUAUCGGGAACGCGCUGCAAGCUGCAUCGUUGGCCGGACAUCUUGACAUAGUGAAGCUGCUGGUUCAUCGUGGUAUAGGAGUGGAUGAAGCUGAUGGAAAUUCUGAAACGGCGCUUUGCCUGGCAGCAAAGAAUGGCGACGAGCACAUGAUGAACUUUUUGCUCCAACAAGGAGCUAAAGUUGAUGGCAAUUCCAUUCUCUCCGGUGACAGACCCGACAACCUGGAGUCAGGUGGCGAAGUUGAACGAGACGAAAAUUUGGUGGCGAUACCAUUGCACCUUGCCUCCGUUCAUGGACAUGAAUCUGGAGUCUAUAUUCUUCUCCAGAAUGGAGCAUAUGUCCAUGCCAAAGGAAAGCUGCGUCUGAAACAGACCGGCCCAUCUGAUGAAUGCGACUUCAGCAAGCUACUUUGCAAUCCAUUGUUCGCGGCAUGCUUUUGGGGCUAUGAGUCUAUUGCGAGGCGAUUGUUUCAGUACGACCCGUGGGGAUAUGCGAUUCAUGGCACAUUUACAUCUGCUGUAGAGACGAGCCUCGCCCGCAAGAAGGAAUCCAUUGCAACAAUGCUGGUUCAAGAAGCAGUUCGCGCAGGAUUCCAAGCGGAACAACUUGAUGGUGUGUUCAAUUAUGCCUGUGCAGAAGGAUAUGCAGGAAUUGCGACACAGAUACUAGAGCUUUGUGGUCUAGAACGUUGGCCAGAUGCAAUAUUGGUAGCUACAAAGCAGGGUAGAAGUGCCGUUGUCGAAGCUUUACUUCAGAAUGGGGCUGACAUGAACGCCCGUGAUGUGCAUGGCAAUCUCUGUCUGGACAUUGCAAUUGAAAAGGUCCAAAAAUUUCGCCAUACCUGGUGGGGUUCCAACCCACCAAAUUGGAUUGAAGUGGUCAGGAUGUUCCUUUGUGCGGGGGCAGAGUCAAAUGAUCUACCAAGCAAGAUCAAAAUAAUUGUCCCGGACGUUGUACAGAGAGGAAGCCUUGAUGCUUGGAAGGCAGUGGACCGGCGUCAAUACGAUGUGGCCAACCACGUUGAACUAUAUCCGAGGUUUUUAAUUUGGGCAUCGGAGACGGGCGAUCUCGAUAAAAUUGAUUACGUGGCUGGAAAGUAUGAGCCAUCAACUGGAGAAAUCAAACGCGCCGUCGUGGCUGCAAUGGAGGGUGUGCGAAACAACUUACCUCCUGUCGAGGCCCUACUGAAGCUCAAGACACCACUCUUCUUCAGUGACAAGGAGGAUGGCGAGAAUGAUAAAGAACCCUUAGUCCUUGCUUCCAGCGAAGGGUAUAGCGAAAUACUCGCAGUCUUGCUCCAGUACGCGACACACAGCUCGUCAAUCGUUGAAGAAGCGUUGAAAACAGCCAUCAGCCGCAAACAUGUCACCUGCACACGCCUGAUUCUUGACUCGCAAUUUAUUAAUCCCUCUGAGCGGCUGGAGAUAUGCUCUCGUCUCAUUCAACACUGUUUUCCCUUCUGUUCGAAAAAGAUGCUCGAAUAUUUGUUGGAUGAAGGCGUAUCCCCGAAUACCAGGGAUCCGGAGACGGGCGAAACCUUAUUGUACAUUGCUGCUAGAAAGAAGGACAGCAAAGGCGUCAAUAUCCUUAUCUCCCACGGUGCUGAUGUUCAUCUCAUGGGAGGGGAACACGGAACUGCCCUACAUGCAGCAGCCGUUUCUGGCUCCUGGAAAACGGUGGAAUUGUUGCUUUCAGCGGGUGCAGAUAUUAAUGCGCGGGGUGGAGAUUACGGAACCCCGCUUGUAGCGGUGAUGGCGCAGAAGUGGAGGGAAACUUGCUGGAAGGCUGAGUUCAAUAUGUCUUGCAGCUGGGAAUGUCAUCGCUGCGUUGCGAGAGUGUUGCUGGAGUGGGAUGCAGAUGUUGAUGCUGAGGGAGAGUUUGGCACGGCUCUACAGGCUGCGGAGAUGGUUGGUAAUGAGGUCGGGAUGAAGAUGCUCACGGGGGAGGAUGAGGUGCUCGUGGAGGGUGGUGAAGGGAAGGAUAGUGACUUUGAGGACUCGGAUUGA